AUGAAACAGAGACAAAAGAGGAAACAUCUGGAAGAUGAAGAGUCCCAGGAAACAGCUGAGCAGGGAGGAGGAGUCUCGAAGUCGCAGGAGGAUGCCCUUCAGCUUGGAUCCCUUGGGGUGGCCAAAGGCUGGGGCGCAGGGGUAGGGGAGGUGUCCUCUGCCUCUGAAUACUUCUCCUGUGUUUCUUCUCCACGCAAGUUCAUUCAUGGUGGAAUCCGGAGAGUACAUCGAGACAGUCCCCAGCCUAGAUCACCCCUAGUCCAGGGUCAGGAGCGAGGGGAGACUGCUCCCCCCUCACACCAGGUCUCCUUCUCGUCCCCUUCAUCCUAUAAGACCUGUGUGUCCUCUGUGUACAGAAACAAAGAGGAAAGGGGCAUGAAAAUAUACUACAUGCAGGUACAAAUGCAAAAGGGUGUGGCUGUCUCCUGGGAGACAGAGGAGACCUCGGAGUCACUAGAGAAGCAGCCGAGGAUGGAAGAAGUGACCCUUCCUGAGAACGUGCGGGUAGGUACUCCCCCCUCUGAUGUGUCCACCAGAAACCUGCUGUCUGACAGCGAGCCCAGCGGGGAGGACAAGGACCACGAGGAGCGGGCAGAGUCAGACAGCCUGCCAGGCUCACCCACUGUUGAGGAGAGACCCAGGGCCAAGACCCCCGACUGGCUGGUGACCGUGGAGACUGGCUUCCGAUGCAUGGCCUGCUGCCGAGUCUUCUCCACCUUGGAGGUCCUCCAGGAGCAUGUCCAGUACGGGAUCAGGGAGGGCUUCAGCUGCCAUGUGUUCCACCUCACCAUGGCUCAGUUGACGGGCAUCGUGGAACCUGAGUGCACCCAGGAGGAGGAGGAUGAGAACGAGGAGGAGGGAGAAGAGAAGCAGGAAGAAAAGGAUGAGAAGGAGCAGCCCGCGCAGGAGGACCCUCGCGUGAAGCGACCCUGA